GCAUCUUGAGCAUCAUUGUUGCCCUCAUGGCCGUCGGAACGCUCUACGACGUCUUCAAGUCCAACCCAGCAUCUCCGCCAAUCUGGAAGGUCCACCAGCCAAUCAGCAGCGAGUAUGCAAAUGGGGCAGUUAACGAGACGACUCCGCUAAUCAACGAUGUCUCAGCGGUGAGGCAGGCUGAGAAGGUGAUCGUGUCUCCUCCACAGGAAAGACCAUUGUGUAAGCUCCUGCUGGCCUUCUCUGUGCGCACCAACACCAGGAAGCUCCUGUCGACGCGAGAGUCGGCCGAUAGUCUGGGGUGUCUGCACGGGAUCCGCUUCAUCAGCAUGACAUGGGUCAUCCUGGGUCACACCUUCGGGUUCAUUGUCUACUAUUUAGACAACCCCUUAUAUGGGCUUAGCAUCAUGAAACGCUUCAGCUUUGAGCCGAUCCUGAAUGGAUUCCUGUCUGUGGACUCCUUCUUUUUCCUCAGUGGAGUCCUGAUGUCGUACCUGAUGCUUCUCCAGCUGAAUAAGUACCGGAGGGAGGGGCGCAGGUUCCCCUACUGGCUGCUGUAUGUGCACCGCUACUGGAGGUUGACUCCAGUGUAUGCGUUUACAUUGAUGCUGUAUAUGUGGGUGUACCCUUACAUCAUGACUGGUCCCGCUGCCACCAACACACCUGACCCGGGCUGCACCAACAACUGGUGGUACAACUUCCUCUACAUCAACAACUUUCUGGACAUGGUCAAAGGAACAGAGUGCAUGGGCUGGACCUGGUACCUGGCUAACGACAUGCAGUUCUUUGUCAUCAGUGUGCCUCUCAUCUGGCUAACAUUCAGGUAUUUCCUGGUGGGCAUGAUCACCCAGGCGGUUUUGCUGCAGGCCAGUUUUGGAGCGACGAUCGGCCUGGCCAUACACUACAACCUCCAACCUUCCAUGUCAUCACCGGGACAGAACCCAGAUGCGAUGAACCUGUACUACCAGAAGCCGUACUGCAGGAUUGGACCGUACCUGGUCGGCACCAUACUGGGAUAUUUCCUCUACAGGACCAGGGGACAGGUCCGCAUGCACAAGGCUGUAGCUUUACUAGGCUGGCUAGCUGCUACAGGAAUUGGCCUGGGUGUCGUGUACGGACUGUACAACCAUCUGACAGAGGGUGUGGUACUGAGCCGACCUGUGGCUGUCAUGUACCUCACAGUGCAUCGCACAGCCUGGGGAGUGGCGCUGGCCUGGGUUGUGUUUGCCUGUGUUAAUGGCUAUGGAGGUAUAAUCAACACCAUCCUGUCCUGGAAAGCGUGGAUCCCCCUGAGCAGACUGACCUACUGUGCCUACCUGGUGCACCCCAUGGUCAUCUUCAUCGCCUAUCAGGACCAGAGAGAGACUCCUGUACACUACACAGACAUAGAGCUGACGUACUAUUUUGUGGGGCAUGUGGUGUUCUCCUAUGCCGUGGCUUACAUUGUGAGCAUGAUGGCAGAGGCUCCCAUGAGACAACUGGAGAAACUGGUGCUGAAACAAGAGAACUGAGAUCAUAUGGCCACUGCAGUGAGAUGGCAGGAUGGAUGGAUGGAUGGAGGAUGGGAUGGAUGGAAGCACAAUGUUUUACUUGUAUGAACAGGACAGUAAUUGAUGCAGAAAAACACUGAGAUUUAUUCAGUUUUAACAGAGUAUACAGAUGGUUUGAUGGAUGGAUGGAUG